AUGCCUGUGGGAAAUUGCAAAAUCGUUUUUGUCCUCGGCUUCCCUGUCAGCAAAGGUAACAGUUUACCCCGAGAUUGGGAGGAUCAUUGGCAGUUUCCCCCACCGUGUCAUCCUAAACUUUGA